AUGGUAUUGACCCUUGUGGUGGACGGGCGUGUGAUGUAUAACCUCCCUUUCCUUACCGUCCAGUUAGGAAAGCACGACGUGAUCCUAGGACGGAUGUGGUUAGCUAAAUAUAAGGUGAUGGUUGACUGCGCGCGGAGGCGUUUGUUAUGGCCUAAGGAGGUAUCAUUACGUGAAGAAAUACAAGCGAAGCAGUUCACACGAUUACCAAAGAAGUUGUUACUACGGAAUCGGGAGGUGGAGCUUCAUUAUCAAAUGGAUGCAGACCGACGGGAUAAGGCAUUCAAGAUCACAGCAACAGCAGAGCUAGAACAGAUUAUACCAACCACCUACAGCAGUUCUUAUUAUUCGCGAUAUAAAUGUGAGCUGCAUCAGAUAACAAAGGAGCUCAGCAAGGCUGUCCAGGAUCCUUCCCUAUACAUCGAUCACGGACCAGUUACCAAGAAGAUCAAGCAAGUGCGCUUUCGCGAGAAGUAUCCCGAAAUGGAUAUCGCCCUAAUUAGAGCGUCCAGGUUCCUACGGAAUACGAAGGAUCGGAAGACCGAGACGUUCAUAACGAGCCUGAGCGAGAUCGAGAAAGCUAUUGAAGAUAAACGAGCUGAGGAUCGAUCCGUCCAGGAGGAGCGAGAAAUAAAGGAACAACUUCCUGAACAGUAUCACGAGUUCGUUGACGUCUUUUCUAAGAUAAAAUCUGAUGAACUACCUGAGAGAAAGGAGUAUGAUCAUCGAAUCGAAUUGGAGAAAGAAGUAGAGCUCGGAUACUGCCCACUUUACCGUAUAACGGCAGAGGAGCUACAAGCGGCAAAGGACUAUAUUGUGGAGAACCUAGAUAAGGGCUUCAUAGUGCCGAGUAAUGCGCCGUACGCCUCGCCGAUUCUUAUGGCAAAGAAACCAGGUGGAGGACUUCGUUUCUGUGUGGACUAUCGAAGGCUCAACUCGCUCACUAGGAAGGAUCGAUAUCCGUUGCCCCUUAUCGACGAAGUAUUCGAACGGAUCAGCAAGGCUAAGAUCUUCACAAAGUUGGACAUCCGGCAGGGAUUCUAUAGGAUUCGCAUGCACCAGGAAUCCUCUGACCUGACGACAUUCAGGUGCCGAUACGGAACCUUCAAGUAUGAGGUCAUGCCAUUCGGAUUAACCAACGGCCCAGCGACGUUCCAGAGGUUGAUUAACGACAUCUUUCUCGACUGUCUCGACAAGUUCCUUAUAGCUUUUGUUGACGACUUGCUCAUCUAUAGCGAGGAUGCGGUAGAGCAUGAGAUUCACGUUCGAAUGGUGCUCCAGCGACUCCGUGACGCAGGAUUACAGGCGAGUAUCAAGAAGUGCGAGUUCCACGUGACGACGACUAAAUAUCUUGGAUUUAUCAUCACACCCGAAGGCAUCAAGGUAGACCCCGCCAAGAUUGAAGCAGUGCUCACCUGGAAGAUACCAACAACUGUGAGAGGAGUACAAUCCUUCUUAGGAUUUUGCAAUUUCUACCGGAAAUUCAUAGCAGAGUAUGGCCGGAUAGCUAAACCGUUAUACUACCUGACGAGGCAAGACGUCCCCUUCGUAUGGGCAAAACAAUGUGGGGAAGCAUUUGAAAAGUUGAAGCAAGCAUUGGUAUCAGCACCAGUGCUAGUAUACUAUGAUCUCAAUAAACUCACCCGUAUGGAGACAGACGCCUCAGACGGAGUGGUAGCAGCGGUCCUGUCGCAAUUAUGUGAUGAUAGGGAAUGGCACCCCGUUGGCUACUACUCAGCUACAAUGUCUACAGCGGAGCAUAACUACGACAUCUACGACAAAGAGAUGUUAGCGAUUAUCCGAGCCUUCCAGGAAUGGAGGCCAGAGCUGCUUGGAUUGCGGCAGAAGGAGCGUUUUGAGGUCUUAUCGGAUUACCGGGCUCUGGAGUACUUUAUGACCACGAAGGCAUUAAGCGCUAGGCAGGAUGACGGAGCAUGGAAUCUUAACCAUCGGAACUUGACUAUGUUACCCCAAGAGGUUCUCGACAAACAGAUUGUAUCAGAACUAGCGUUUAUGGACCUGCAAGGUGCCGUGACGGACUGA